AUGUCUUAUGUGGUUCCCAUACACAGAGCAAGUGGCAUUCGCCAUGCAGUGAAGCUUAACUUCAUGAACGCGGAGGAGGAUUGCCUGGUUGCCGCUAAAGCAAAUCGCCUUGAAUUUUAUACCCUCGCUCCGGAUGGCCUGACACUUGUUGCGACUCGCGCCAUAUACGCGCAGAUAACGAUGCUCGCCCGCCUCCCGGCACCUGCAAACUCACUAACAGACCACCUUAUCGUCGGCACAGAUCAGUAUAACUACUUUACACUAGUAUGGGACUCUGCAACGAAUGAUAUUGUAACUGCCCGCAGCUAUGUCGAUAUCUCCGAGCCCUCGUCCCGCGAAUCGCAAACGAACCCACGCUGCCUCCUCGACCCAACCGGGCGAUUCAUGACGCUGGAGAUAUAUGAGGGUGUAGUUGUUGUGGUUCCGAUUAUCGAGCCGACGAAGCGUAAGGGAAGGGCCUCACAUGCAGUUUCUCAGCCUGAUGCGCCUCAAGUUGGGGAGCUAGGGGAACCAACCUCUUCGCGGAUCGAUGAAUUAUUCGUCAGAUCGUCGGCAUUCUUGCACUCAGCGUCAAAUCAACCGUGGCUAGCACUCUUAUAUGAAGACAACCAGCAGAAAGUGAGGUUACGCAUUCGGGAAUUGGAGUAUAGUCGAGCUACGUCAAGCGGACCUCCAGAUGCGACGUUCAAAGAGGUCCAGGAUCAGAAGCUGGAGGGUGGUGUCUUCGGACAUGAGCUUGAUAUGGGAUCAUCACAUUUAAUUCCAAUUCCAGCUCCAUUAGGAGGACUGAUCGUUUUGGGAGAAACAACGAUCAAAUACAUCGACGACAAUGCAAACGAUGUAAUGGAGCGGAAUUUGGAUGAGGCCACCGUCUUCGUGGCUUGGGAGAAAGUCGAUAGCCAGCGGUGGCUAUUAGCGGACGACUACGGCAGAUUAUUCUUCUUGAUGUUCAUUCUAGAUAAUCGCGGUGACGUCGCAGACUGGAAGCUCGAUUACCUCGGGAGCACGUCUCGGGCAACAGUACUGGUCUACCUUGGCGGGGGUGUUCUUUUCGUUGGAUCGCAUCAGGGUGACUCGCAGGUUCUUCGAAUCGGCAGUGGAGGGUUUGAAGUCAUUCAAACGCUCUCCAAUAUUGCACCUAUCCUCGAUUUCACUGUGAUGGAUCUUGGGAAUCGCACCAGUGACACCCAAACUCACGAAUUUUCAUCUGGCCAAGCACGUAUCGUAACCGGAUCUGGCGCUUUCGAUGACGGUACCUUGCGAAGCGUGCGGAGUGGCGUUGGUAUGGAAGAGCUUGGUGUAUUGAGUGAGAUGGAUCACAUUACCGACUUAUGGGGCUUACAAACCCAGGGUGACAGUGAUUUUAUGGACACUUUGUUGGUGACUUUUGUUGACGAAACACGGGUGUUCCGCUUUAGUGGUGAUGGAGAAGUCGAGGAGUUGGAAGACUUUAUAGGUCUAACUCUCAAUGAGACUACCCUUUUGGCAGCCAACUUGCCGGGAGGGCGCGUUCUCCAAGUAACAGAGAAGAAGGCUGUGAUAGCUGACUUGGAAAGUGGUAUGACCACUUUCGAGUGGGCUCUUCCAGCAAACAAGACCGUCACCGCCGCUUCAGCCAACGAUGACUACCUUGCCCUUGUCAUCGCAGGUCAAAUCUUAGCAUCCUUUGACAUCGGUCAAAACGCAAGUCUUAUCACACAGAAGGAAUUUGGGGCAGAGCAACAAAUAUCUGGCGUUACUGUACCAUACAAUCCCACCGGAGUCUGUAUUGCAGGGUUCCCACAGUCCGCUAAGGUAUCUGUUCUGGAUAUCAAAAGUUUGUCAGAAAUCCAGACCAAGUCACUGGGCGAGACGGGCGAGGCAUUCCCUCGUUCAGUUCUCGUAGCGGAUGUGCUCGCAAAUAACCAUCCUACCCUUUUCAUAUCCAUGGCGGACGGCAGCGUGGUUACAUUCUUUCUGGAUCCCAAGACCCAUUCACUAACGGGGAUGGAUAAGUUGAUUCUCGGAUCUGAGCAGCCAAUCUUCAAGAAACUGCCUCGAGGCGAUGGACUAUACAACGUUUUUGUCACAUGCGAGAACCCAAGUCUCAUUUACGGCUCUGAAGGACGAAUCAUUUAUUCGGCUGUUAACUCAGAAGGAGCAUCCCGAGUCUGCCACCUGAACGCAGAAGCAUAUCCAGGUUCUAUCGCCGUCGCUACAGCACGAGAGCUGAAAAUCGCUCUGGUUGACAGGGAGCGAACAACGCAAAUCCAAACCUUGCCAAUGGGAUCAACAGUACGUCGUGUAGCUUACUCCCCAUCAGAGAAGGCAUUUGGACUUGGCACGAUUGAUCGAAAGCUUGAAGAUGGCGUUGAGGUUGUGAAGAGUUUCUUUGUGCUUGCCGAUGAGAUCUUGUUCCGACGCCUGGAUGCGGUUGAACUUGAUCAAGAAGAGCUAGUUGAAAGUGUGAUUCGUGCCGAGUUCCCAGCUGGCAAAGACGAGAAUGGAAAGGAAGUUUUUAAGGAUCGAUUUGUGGUUGGUACGGCGUACCUAGAUGAGGCAAAGGAAGGAUCAAUCCGCGGGCGGAUUCUGGUUCUAGAGGUUGACCAUGGCCGCAAGUUAACACAGGUUGCGGAGUUGAAGGUGAUGGGUGCAUGUCGAGCACUAGCCAUGCUGGGCGACAAGAUUGUCGCAGCUCUUGUCAAAACAGUUGUUGUCUACAAGGUGAUCAACAACGACUUCGGCUCAGCGAAUAUCGAAAAGGUCGCAAGCUACCGAACAUCAACAGCACCUGUUGAUGUAACAGUGGUUGACGAUAUGAUCGUUGUUGCUGACCUCAUGAAAAGUGUAUGCAUCGUCAAGCUCAUCAAGGGCUCAGAUGGAGCAGAGAACAAACUCGAAGAGGUUGGUCGGCAUUACCAAACAGUAUGGAGUACAGCGGUCGCUUCCAUCGGCGAGAACGAAAUCCUCGUCAGCGAAACACAAGGCAACCUGGUAGUCCUGACACGCAACACAAACGGUGUCACAGACCAAGAUAAGCGCCGCCUAAUUCCUACAAGUGAGAUCGCUCUCGGAGAAAUGGUCAACCAAAUACGCCCCAUCGAUAUUCCCCAGCUUAGCAAUGUAACUGUGACUCCGCGAGCUUUCCUAGCAACGGUUGAGGGAUCCAUAUAUCUCUUCGCGCUCAUAAACCCAGACCACCAGGACUUCCUCAUGACUCUCCAAAGUGUCAUUGCCAGUAAAGUUGAAUCUCUGGGUGAUCUCCCAUUCGACAGAUUCCGUGCCUUCCGCACACUAGCCCGCUCGGCUGAUGCGCCCUAUCGUUUUGUAGAUGGGGAACUCAUCGAGAAAUUUCUAACCUGCGAGCCAGAAUUACAAGAGGAGAUUGUGGCGGACGUAGGAUCUAGUGAUGUGGAAGAGGUUAAAGGAAUGAUCGCGGCUCUGCGCAGGCUACACUAG